AACUCUCACUGACUGAGUGACAGCCAACCCACAACUAAUAACAACGUGUCACCGACCAAUUCGUGUCGGUGACGCAACUGUCACCCGACCUAACUCCGCCACCUUUCCUAAAACAAAGAAUUGUCUAAACAUAGAACCAAACCUUGUUCGUAAAUUAUUAUUAACUCCUUCAUUUUCUCUUCACCAUCAACUUUUUCUUGUUCCAUUUCGUUUCUUUUCUUCAACCCUUUAGCUCUCUCUCUUCUUUAUUUUUUGAUCCUUCAUUCUGUUGGUUACACCACAUUGUUCAAUCUUUCUCGUCAAGGCGGCCGGCCGGCGAGAGUUAUCAAUGGCGCCGCCGCGUCUUUUUUCCUGCUUCGGCAAGCGAAGUUCCUCUUCCACCUCUUCCUCAAGUAAAAGCAACGUAACAGUGGAUGCAUCAGCCGAGGAGCAACGCCGCGCCGGAGCUAUUCUUGUGGAGUUAUUCUCUUCACAGGGCUGCGCUACGUCGCCGGAGGCGGAGCUGCUGGUAUCGAGGCUGGGGAGAGGGGACUUUGCGCUUGAGACUCCGGUGAUUGUGUUGGGUUUUCAUGUGGAUUAUUGGGAUUAUAUGGGUUGGAAAGACCCGUUUGGAAGUAGUCAAUGGACGGUUAGACAGAAGGCUUAUGUUGAAGCGUUGAAGCUUGAUACGAUGUUUACACCGCAGGUUGUUGUUCAGGGUAAAGCUCAGUGUGUGGCUAAUGAGGAAGAAGCUCUUUUGUCUACUAUCAUGUCUGCUCCUAAAUUUCCUUCUCCCACUUUUCAGGCAACCUUCCAAAAGCCAACACCAGAAUCAUUACAAGUGAGUUUAACAGGAGCAUUAAGAAGUAAAGUAGACAGCAAUGGUGCUAACAUAAUGGUAGCUCUGUACGAGAACGGAUUGGUAACCGACUGCCCUAAAGGCGAAAACAAAAAUCGUGUUCUGUCUAGUGACUACGUUGUUCGAAACCUACAAAAGCUCAUCACUGUCAAAGAUAUUUCUCCCAAGAAAACUAUCUCAGGAACUCUUACUUUUCCUCUUUGGCAAGGUUUCAAUAGCACCAAGUGUGGGAUUGCUGUGUUUGUUCAAGAUAAUUCUCAUCAAAUUUUUGGUUCUCAGAGUUUUCAGUUGCCAGAUACCAUAUGAUGAUAUGAAAAAAAAAAUUACAUUCAAUUAUGCACUUUUUUCUUAAUUUAGGGUUUUUGUGUACAGGUUUGUGUUAGAUUCAAAUUUUUUUCUUUUUUUUCCUCUAUAUGUGGGUGUUUCUGAAUUUUUGGUAAUUUAUUUGAUCACAAGAAGAAUUGAGACUA